UCUAAGCAUCUUUAUUAGCAGUUUAAAUUUAGAAAACCAGAUAUCUGAAUUUUGGGAAACCAGACAAUUUUUGAGUAAAAAAGAGAAAAAAAACAACGACAACAAAUAACUUGAAACUACGAGGUGGUAACUGAAAACAACCGCGCGUCUUCUCCCACCGGCCACCGCUGACCGCCCCACCGCCCGGAUUCCUCUCCCUCCACGAAUUCUCCUCACAAAUGCUUCGCCACCGCCACCUCCUCGUCCCGAUUCCGUACCACCACGACCAAUUCAUCUUACCGAUCGCCCGCCCAUGGACGCCGACGACCCUUCUGCCGCCACCGCCGCCUCAGACGACGACACCUUCUUCGACGCCCUUGACUCGCUCCCCUCCCCUUCUCCUUCACUUUCGCCUUCGCCUUCGCCUCCCCCUUCCCCUUCCGCUCCCCCUCUCCACACCCCCUCCUCCUCCACGCUCCGCCGCCGCCCGCGCCGCGGAAAGAGUCUAAAGCAGCCCGACUCCGUCUUCUCCCCUUCUCCCUCGGCCUCCGCAGCCACCUCCACCGUCACCGCCGUCGAGGACGAGCCUCUCAAGCCCGAUUCCUCCGAGGCCACCAGCGCCGCCCCUCGCACUGUCCCCGCAUCCGAGGUGGAGGAGGAGGAACAAGAGGAGCACAAUAAGGCCACGGAUGCGGAUGCGGAUGUUGAGGUGGAGGCGCGAGCUCCUACGCCGACGCCGACGCCAACGCCGACGCCGGCCCCGAGCAUACUCGAGUACCUUGCCGUGCUCGUCAUUAAGGCAGUGGUCUUCCAGGUCAGCGCGCUCAUCAGCUGCCUCGCGUUCCCGGUCCGGCUGCUGCAAUGGUGGUUCCUCUUCAUGACCGACCCGCUCGGUCUGGCCCGGCGCGCGAGGGCGUGGGCGCUCGGUGUGGCUGGGGACGCCGCGGGGAUUCUGACCGCACGUCUUGGAGGAGGGGAGGGUGUGGGGAAGGUGGCACAGAGGAUUGUGUGGGGGUCGCUCUGGGCUGCAUAUGUCUGCGUGGUUCUGUGUUCAUUGCUGAUUAUGGCAUUCGUGGGAGGGGGGCUCUUGGUGGGAAAAAUUGUUGAGGAACCUGUUCAAGUGACAGAGACCCUGAAUUUUGAUUACACCAGACCUAGCCCAAUGGCGCUUGUGCCGGUGCCGCGGUUGGUGCCCCCGAAUCAGCGGAUGCAGCUUGAGGUAUCGCUGACACUGCCAGAGUCUGAUUACAACCGGAGGCUUGGUGUUUUCCAGGUAAAGGCAGAGUUUCUCUCCGCUGAUGGCAAAGUGAUGUCAACUUCAAGUCAACCAUGCAUGCUCAAGUUCAAGAGUGUACACAUGCACUUCAUAGAGACUUUUCUCCAAAGUGUUUCUCUUUUGUCGGGCUACUCAUCAGAAUCUCAGGUUAUUAGACUAAAAAUGAGGGGUAUCACCCAAGGUUUGGAACCAACAACUGCGGUAAGGAUAAUCCUAGAGCAAAGAGCAGAGUUUGGUCGUGGUGCAGGCAUCCCAGAGAUAUAUGCUGCAUCACUGAAGCUUGAGGCUGAACUUCCUCUUUUCAAGAGAUUACUCUGGAACUGGAGAUGGACCCUUUUCGUUUGGAGCAGCAUGGGGUUCUUUGUUUUUGAAUUGUUGUUUGCACUUGUGUGCUGUAGACCUUGUAUAUUUCCCAGGAGUGGACAUAAUGUUGCUGCUCCUUGAGACCUUGGACUAACUCAUGUAAUGUAAUGUACAAUUCCAAAAUAAAUGAAAAUACGGCGUUGAUGUGGUACAA